AUGUCCAAUGUCGAGCGGCACGAGGAGCCAAACGGAGCGCAGACGCUGAAGACCUGGCGAACGCUGGAGAUCGCCGGGCUGGAGGUAAAGUUCCCCACAGAAUUGGAACCGCACAAGCCGCAGUUGAUCAUUAUGAACCAAGUGAUAAGAUGUUUGCAGCGGGCGCAAAACGCGUGCAUAGAAUCACCUACGGGAACGGGCAAGUCGUUGGCGUUACUCUGUUCGGCGCUGGCGUGGCUCGAAAAAGAGAAAGAGCGCUCAGAGCCCAGUCUAUUAGCGGUUGCAAAUCACGCUGAUAUGCACUCCGAAUUUAAACCCGAAACUGAAGAACCCGCCGACGAGAAGCAAUCAAUCCCGAAAUUGCUGCCUGAGAGCCGCUCUGCGGCGGAUGACUGCGGCGUUCAAGAUGUCGACGACGACGACGAUGAUGAUGACUUUACCAGCCGACCGGCUCCGCGAGUAUCGCAGUUGAAAAGCGCUUCACAGAGAUGGCGUCAGCAAGGUGCUGUGGCUGGUACGCGGCAUCGAUAUCCACUUUGUGGAAAGCAGGUCCCACUGAACCCGCUCUGCAGUGUCGCAGUGCACCUGGAGGGUACGAACCUUGCCGUACAGCAGAGGCACCCACGGAUUUUCUUCUGUUCGCGUACGCACGCUCAACUCUCCCAGGUCAUCGCAGAGAUGCGCCGCACUCCAUACGCUGGUAAGAUGCGUUCCACACUGCUGGCGUCGCGGAAGCACUACUGCGUACAUGAGGAUAUUCAGAGAGCGCCAUCGACUCUGCAAGCGGAAGCUUGUCAGCGAGCCGUCCAGCUCAGCUUCAUGGAGGAGGCCAAGUCUGCAGCUGAUGCAUCCAGCACAGUAGCUGACCCUCUGGCAGGAAUAUCGCCCUGCUUCUAUCAUCACAGCGCCGCGGUGAGGCGAACAGCGUGUUCGGCCCCGCAGCCUUUUCAAAUGGAAGAUCUCGUGCAAGUCGGUCGCCACUGGCAUGGUUGUCCGUAUUUUGCAUCUCGCUUUCUCGUCCAUGGUGACAUUCAAACGGAACCAAAUCAAGACUCUGUUGAAGGAUCAAGCGUCCCCGACGAACGCUCGCACACGGGAAGCGCUUCGUCUACGGAUGGUGCCGUAAGCGCCCGGGCGACUUCAUGUACAACGCGGACACGAACGAUCAUAGAGCCUGCUGAUAUCAUCUUUUCUCCAUAUUCAUACCUUGUGGAUCCGCUCAUUCGUCGACGCAUGGAUAUCGAUAUCACCGGUGCCGUAUUGAUAAUCGACGAAGCUCACAACAUAGAAGAGGUGUGCUUAGAAGCGGCAUCAGUAGACGUAAGUCUAUCACAGGUGCAACGGGUUCUCCUGCAGCUAGAUCACUAUCUGGGGGUUCAGAUGCCGGAAACAGAGCCCACCCUGGAGACACUGAUGGUCCGGCGUCCGUCGUUGAAUGGUACGGCGUUACUUCGAGUGUUCCGCCACUGGUUGCAGGCCCUAGCGUCCUUCAUUGAGACACGAAUACCGCUGUUAGAUGACAUUCACGGCAUUCCCGAAAGUCAUCGUCCGACGUCUGGCCCAUGCACUGCAGCGCAACGUCUUCAUGCACAGGCCACGGUUUUCUGGCAAGACGGUGCUCUCUUGCAUGAGUUAGAGGUAGGGUUUUUCCAAAAUUUUGACUUUGAGCAGUGGAACUGGUCCAUGGGCCAGUUAAACCGUUUUCUUGAUCGCUGGCGUCAGAAACAGCAGCGCACGGUGCCGGCUUUGGCUUCAGGAAUGGCGGCCUCGACGGGCUUUGGAACGGAAACAGCGACCGAAGAACAUGCUGAACAGUCGGUGCAGGCGCGUCCCACGACGGGCGAUGAGCGUGCAGAAACCGAGCCCCGCUUCGCGUCUCUGUGCGGUGAAGUGCUCCAUCUGCUAGAACGCUUCCACAUUGCGCUGCAGUUUAUUUACGGCGGACAGAGCUCGAAGGGCGCAGCUGCACCUGCGGAGGCUUCCCUGCUGCACGCCACAGACUAUAGACUUGUACUGAGACGCGAGAUGCGCCAGGGCACCUACGGAGGAGUUGAAUUCAAACUUGGACUUUGGUGCAUGAAUCCCGCAAUUGCUUUUCGUCAUCUGCGAGACAAUGCGCGAUCCAUCGUGCUUACUUCGGGAACACUAUCGCCAAUGGAAUCUUUUCGAAGUGAACUUGCGACCGAUUUUCUGUGUCAGACAGAAUGCGACCACAUUAUCGAUCCAGAGAAACACGUUCGAGUUUGCGUUGUGGGAACCAGCAGCUCCGGCGACCGUCUAGAGGGUUCCUACCGAACGAGCGCUACCUGGUCAUAUCAGGAUGCCAUCGGCGAAGCGCUUGCGCACUGCAGCGCACAGAUUCCCGAUGGUGUGCUCUGUUUCAUGCCCUGCUAUCGAGUCUUGGAGUCUAUGUUGCAGCGCUGGAGCAGCACCGGCGCGAUCGAGCGGAUUUGUGGUGCUAAGCGUCUCUUCAUCGAGCGCUCUUCUGGACAAGUUAUAACAGAAUAUGCGACCGAGACUGCUGGCGGAUACAGACUUCAGCGUCGUGGUUGGCGCGACUCCUGCUUUACCCCUGCAAGGGAAUAUGGGACGGAUGCAUCUGUGGCGGCUCUCGGGGAACGGCCGAGCUCAUUACGUGCUGCGUCUUCCAGUAUCCUGUCUCGGGACCGGUCCAAGCGGAAACGACGCGGUGCUGGUCGAGCGUACACCUCCGCGUCAGCGUAUGCAAACCGCGAUGCUUUGCAGGUCUACUACGAUGCGGUGGAUGCAGCGCGGACUGAGACCACUGCGAGCGCACCGGUACCAGCUGCCAACGCGCGCUGUCGAAUAACCGCUGAUCACAAAAACGGGGCCAUUAUGCUGGCUGUUUGCCGGGGCAAGAUCAGCGAAGGAUUGAACUUUGCCGAUCAGUACGGUCGCGCAGUCAUUAUGGUCGGUAUUCCGUACCCCAAUCUGACGGACACGUUUGUCCAGCUGAAGAUGCGCUACAAUGACGAGCGCAGCGGUGCAGUUUCUGGUGCUCCCAUCAAUGCUACGAGCACGAGUCGUCUGAGUGGCAAACAAUGGUAUGUUCUACAAGCGCAUCGUACCGUGAACCAAGCUCUGGGAAGGUGCAUUCGCAACCCUAAGGACUAUGCGUCGAUCAUUCUUCUCGAUGUUCGCUAUCGCGAUACGCGAACAGUGAACUGCAUGUGUCGGUGGAUCAGGGACCCGCUCCGCGAUUAUAUUGCCAGGCACGGCCAGACGCUCACCCUAGAGGCAGCAGUCCGUGAAGUAGCAGAAUUUUUCUUCCAGAAAUAUGACGCGAAAUAG